CGCUUUUAUUAUCUUAUUUCUAUUUUUUCCUUCCUAUUACCCAAAAUAUAUUUUCUGCAAAAUUUUUUGUGUCUGGAUAGACAUUGGUGAUCAAGAUCAUCACCCCCCGCGUCUUUGGGAAGCGUGCCCAAAACCGAAAAACAAAACAAAAAGAAUUCGCGAUUCCUGACCUCACCGGAUAAUAUCACAAGUUCACAACAACUACUACUUCUCACCAGCACUGAGAGAGAGAGAGAGAGAGAGAGAGCCAAAGCUUUGAUCCACGACGACGUCGUUUUCUAUGGACUCCACUCCAGCUCAGCGUCGCCUCGAAGCCAUUAACGGCCACCUCAUCUCCGACGCCGACUCCCUCUCCAUUCUCCGCCCCAACGCCACCGCCGGCGAGUUCGUAUCCGAGCAAGGGUACAGUGUGGUGCUUCCAGAGAAACUAGAUACAGGAAAAUGGAAUGUAUACAGAUCUGCGCGUUCUCCUUUGAAGCUUGUUAGUAGAUUCCCUGAUCAUCCCCAAAUUGCUACGCUUCAUGAUAAUUUUGUGCACUCAGUUGAUACGUUCAGAGAUUACAAAUAUUUGGGAACAAGAAUUCGGGUUGAUGGAACAGUUGGAGAAUACAAAUGGAUGACGUUUGGAGAAGCAGAUACUGCUCGGUCAGCAAUAGGUUCUGGCCUCAUAUAUCAUGGGAUACCAAAGGGAUCUUGCGUUGGGUUGUAUUUUAUUAACAGACCGGAGUGGAUGAUUGUUGAUCAUGCCUGCUCUGCAUAUUCUUACAUAUCAGUUCCUUUGUAUGACACUCUAGGUCCAGAUGCUGUCAAGUACAUUGCAAAUCAUGCUGUUGUACAAGUUAUAUUUUGCGUGCCCGAAACAUUGAAUAGUAUAUUGAGCUUCCUGUCAGAUAUUCCAACUGUACGCCUCAUUGUGGUUGUUGGAGGCAUAGAUGAACAAAUACCAUCCCUUCCACCUUCAACGGGAGUGAAGGUUGUAACAUAUUCAACAUUGCUCAAUCAGGGCCGUAGUAGCAUGCAGCCUUUUUGCCCACCAAAAUCGGAUGAUAUUGCAACAAUUUGCUACACAAGUGGCACAACUGGCACCCCAAAGGGAGCUGUAUUGUCUCACGGAAACUUGAUUGCAAGUGUUGCUGGGGCCACUUUUGGUAUCCAGUUCUACCCCUCUGAUGUUUACAUAUCAUAUCUUCCUUUGGCACACAUUUAUGAGCGGGCUAACCAGGUCAUGACGGUACAUUUCGGAGUUGCUGUUGGAUUCUACCAAGGGGAUAAUAUGAAAUUGAUGGAUGAUAUGGCUGCUCUAAGACCUACUAUCUUCUGCAGUGUCCCUAGGCUGUAUAAUCGAAUAUAUGCUGGUAUCACAAAUGCUGUAAAGACAUCAGGUGUGCUGAGGGAGAGGCUAUUUAAUGCUGCUUACAAUGCCAAGAAGAAGGCAUUAUUAAGUGGAAAAAAUCCAUCUCCCAUGUGGGACAGGUUGGUGUUUAAUAAGAUAAAGGCUAAGCUAGGAGGACGUGUUCGUUUUAUGGCAUCAGGUGCUUCACCCUUGUCUCCUGAUGUUAUGGACUUUUUAAAAAUAUGCUUUGGGGGUGACGUAAAUGAAGGGUAUGGAAUGACUGAGACUUCCUGUGUUAUUAGUGCUAUGGACACCGGUGACAACUUAUCUGGUCAUGUUGGCUCUCCUAGUCCAGCUUGCGAAAUCAAGCUUGUUGAUGUACCAGAAAUGAACUACACAUGUGAUGAUCAACCAUAUCCACGCGGUGAAAUCUGUGUCAGGGGUCCUAUUAUUUUCCAAGGCUAUCACAAAGAUGAAGUGCAGACGAGAGAAGUCAUUGACGAAGAUGGGUGGCUUCAUACCGGAGACAUUGGGUCAUGGUUACCUGGUGGUCGUCUGAAAAUUAUUGAUAGGAAGAAGAACAUUUUCAAGUUGGCACAGGGAGAGUAUAUAGCUCCAGAGAAAAUUGAGAAUGUUUAUGCCAAGUGCAAGUUUGUUGCCCAGUGCUUUGUACAUGGGGACAGCCUAAAUUCUUCUUUGGUAGCAAUUGUCUCAGUUGACCCAGAUGUGUUGAAAGCUUGGGCUGAUUCUGAAGGCAUAAAGUAUGAAGAUUUAGGGCAACUGUGUAAUGAUCCAAGAGCAAGGGCGGCUGUAUUGGCUGAUAUGGAUGCUAUUGGCAGGGAAGCUCAGUUGAGAGGUUUUGAAUUUGUAAAAGCCGUGACGCUGACUGUUGAACCGUUCACACUGGAGAAUGGUCUGCUCACUCCAACAUUUAAGAUCAAGAGACCACAAGCAAAGGAAUACUUUGCAAAAGCAAUAUCCAAUAUGUAUUCGGAGCUUGCUACUUCUGAUCCUGCCCCUUCAAAACUGUAAGUACUACCAGGAGCAGCUAGAUGGAAGCUGUCGACAGCACAAAAGAUUCAAGAGAAAAAAAUACAAGAAAUGAGACGAUUAGAGGAUGGGAAAGAGGAAAAUAGCCAAGUGGAGAAUGGAGGCCAAGCAUUCCUGACAGGAACUUUCGUAGCUUCUCAUACUUUACUGCUGUUUAUUAUUUAUUUCUCCAAAUGAAAUCACAAUUUUAGUGAAUUUAUUUGCCCUUCCUCAAAUAAAAGAACGCUGUAAGUUAAUAAAUCUACAUUAAUGUUCAGUUCAACAAGCCAGAACAACAUUUGUCGGGCCAGUAGCUGUCGGCCCAUUGAUCCUACUGGGCUGGCCACAUAGCUUAUUAGCUAUCUUGUAAAUUUUAUUUUUUAAUUAGCAAACACCAAAAUUCUUUUUAUA